GGUUUUUUCAGACCUUAUUUUGUACCGAAUAUAAUCUUAAUUCGAAGGAACUACUGAUCAAAGAAUCUGCGUAAGUACAAUCCUUUUAUUAACAAUCCCUCGCGGUCGGGAGGAGGUGGAGGUGGAAUUCAAGGAAUUUCCCCCAGCGGACGGACGCAACAUGCUGUCAUCCGACACCCCGCCGGCCACCGGACAACAUCCAUCACGGGUCAGAGUCGAUCAACAAACUCCCCUCGACCGGGAGACCGCUCCGACCACCACGAUUACAACCCCCCAACCAGACCCCACUUAUUGGCUAUUCCACGAGGAACCCUCCAACGCGGACCUCCUUCAGCAGAUUAACUCCUGCACCGUUACUCUAAACAACCCGACAUGUGUCCUGCAAACGGAGAAAACACACCCCCCUCUAUCUGGUAAACGUGUAUAUCAGCAAUUCAAGCGCUCACAUGAAAAUAUACACGGGAAAGUAUUAAACAUCUCGACGACAAGAACCGGAAAAAUUUUUGUAUCAGCGACUCAGGCAUUCAUCCCCACCAUACUCAAACUCACCCAAAUUGACGAUAUUCCUGUGCGCGCCUGCCUCACUAGAGGCUCAUAUGCCCGUGUAUGUAUAAUAAAAGGCGUACCUGUGGAGCUGCACGCACAGGAAAUUUACCAACUACUCAAGGAGGACGGCCAACACCCAAUAAGUGUUCAACGUUUUAGCCGUAAACUAGAUGGCCAAAUAAUCCCUACCGGAACAAUCAAAAUUUCUCUCGUCGCGACCGAACUCCCCCGUCACCUGCGCAUCUAUCUAAUGGCGUAUCGAGUAGAACCCUACGAGGAACGGCCCAGACUCUGCCAGCAAUGCGGAAAAUUGGGGCAUACCAAAAAAUUCUGCAGAGGUGUCCCCAGAUGCAAGCGCUGUGGGGAUCCACAGCAUGAUAAGGAGUGCACAGCAGAGGUUACUCGCUGCAUAAACUGCAAUGGCGAUCACGCAUUCACCUCACCCCUAUGCCCCAGUAUUCAAUAUGAAAAGGCCAUACUGAGACAUCAACGGCAGUACAACUGUUCGCGCAGGGACGCCCGAGCGGCCAUACACCCCCCACCUGACAAUAAUCGUUCCUACAGCACAGCGACACAACAGCCUUCCCACCCCCAGAAUCAAACCCACGAUCGGCCCAGUCAAGCUGCGAUCCAACGUGCCUCAACCGACGACCCGUGGGAACAGCUCAUCACCAUAAAACAAGCCAUAACCAACCAAAAUAACAUUCUUGCUAAGCUACUACAAAUCCUUGAAGAAAGUAAACUCAUCGCUCCUCUCACCCAACAAAAUGUCAUCACCACCUCUAGUACCAUACAACAACACAUCAAUACCACACGUGAGAUUCCCCCCGAUCCGACACAUGAAGCACUCGCUACCAACGAGCAAACGGAGCCGAAGCAAUUACAUCCCAAAACGCAAUCACAAUCGACACCCAACGAGACUGGGAGCACUGUCGAAGAUCCCUCAGGAGCUAUGACAGUCUCAAAACGCCACGAUCGAGCGAUAUCACUUGAUCACUCAGCCGACAACUCUAUUAAAAUCAACAAAAAACCCAAGAAUAAAAACGGGAAGAGUAGCAACAAUUCAGCAUCGAUAACCCCACAGACGCCCGCAAUCCACACCCGCUCGCAACGUUCUUAAAUAUUUUACAAUGGAACGCCAAUAGUCUCCGU